AUAUACUCUGAAGGUAAAACAUGCGGUAUUCGUAUCGUAGUCAGUUCAUAUUCAACAAAGAAAAAGAUGGCUGUUCUUGUUAUUGCUACCAUGAUGUCUUUAUGUGUGUCAAGAAUUGCAGCUGACUUCAGCCAUACUCUGACACUUCCAGAAUACGUGCAGGAAUGUUUCGAUCGGAGUAAAAAUCUUGCACAAGUUGACCGUAAAUUGGCAGAAGAGGCUUGUCUUCGAGCACAUUUCAACAAAAUCCUAACACCUUUAAUAACGGAUGAAGAUUACAAUUACUUCAAGACUGAGUUUGAAGAUACAAGGUAUGGAUUUCAUGGACCUCCUACAGGAUUUAGGCGGAGAUCCGAUAUUCGAACUCUCUCUCGGCAGGAUAGAGAGGCUGUAUUUGAUGUGUUCAGGACCCUAUAUGAGAAUGGAGUCCUAGGUCGCUUUGGAAGGGUGCAUGGUCAAAAUAUCCCGUUGAAGCAUAGAGGAAGGGCUUUUUUACCUUGGCACCGGAUGUUGGUGGUAGCAUUUGAAGAAGAAAUGAGAAAGAUAAAUCCCGACGUAUCUUUGCCUUAUUGGGACUAUACUAUGGACUAUUACAUCCCAUCGCCUGACCAAUCUGUUGUGUGGUCGCAUUGCUUUUUCGGAAAUGGUGAUGGCCCAAUAUCGUCGGGGCCAUUUGCAGGAUGGUUUGGAGGAUAUAACAUUGAAAUUCAGCGACACAUAGCCAAUGCUGACAGUCGGUGCCCACCAAGACUUAUUAACAAAGAUGACAUCAAAGGACUGAUGGAUUUUUGCCAUUAUCAAGAUAUAACGACAGGGACAGAAAAGUAUUUUAGUAAACCAUUUAACUUGGAAGUCCUUCAUGAUGGGGUUCACGACUGGCUUGGGGGUGAUUUGGGGGUCGUCAAGUAUUCUGCGUUUGACCCAGUGUUCUGGAUGCACCAUGCCUUUAUUGAUUAUAUCUGGGAACUAUUUCGACAUAAUCAACAGUCUCAUUGCAACAUAGAUCCUGAAACAGAUUACCCAACUACCAACCUCGCUCAAAACAACCAUCCUGGCCAUGGACCUAAUGAUCCAAUGCCAGCUUUUGAAUACUUGAAAAACAUUAACGGGAUGUGGAACAACUGGACCACAGAUUUCUAUUCUUACGAGCCCCAGCCAGAAUGUCCCGAAUGUGGAAAUUCAAUCUACCUUUUCUGCGACAAAAGCAUCGACCGCAUCAGGUUUCCGAAUGGAAUUUGUGUGAGCAAACAAGUAUCCGAUUGUAAAGAGGGCCACAUAUCACAUAAACGGAAGACUUUACAGCGUGAGACGUGUAAUAGAAGGUCCUCGUUGGUCUCCAAGACGACGGUCGUUACAGGUAUAACACAGCUGAGGACAACCGACACAUCUUGAGAGACUUCAUAGCUGAUGCGUCAGAACCGAAUCCGAAUACGUGCCCUUGCGAUGUAUCUGGAUAUUUACGCGAACAUUAUUAACUACUUUGUAGUUGCUGCUUUAUUAUUCGUCCUAGCUCCCUGCAAUAUUGAACUUCCUAUUGCCUUUCCUUAGUUGAAUGAACAUCAUUUCAAUUACAUUCGUAGUCUUAUGAGAGUUUAUAAUUAUGAGGACGUUUUAUUUCGGUUAAAUUUGUGUGAUGUUGAUGUAAUCAAAUAUGUCAUUUACUCCGCGAUUUGUUACACAGGCGAAUUAUUACUUCGUUCAAUAAUUUUGAAGCGUUAUUUCAGCGUUAUCUUAAAAAACAUUUUCUGAUUGUGUACGGGAAUAAACCUGAUCCAUAUGUGAAAGGUAUGGCCGGUGACGGAUAAUCAUGAGUCUUUAGCUGACGAGUGUAUGAAUAAAAUAUGAAGAUAUGUAAACUCGAAACAGAAACAACCAAGGAAUAUAAACCACAUCACCGGGUCGUUGGGUUGCCCGUCAAGUAUGUUAGUUACAACGACCUGCCGUUUGCGUAUGUUUGUAAGAUUGCUUACCAAUCAUCGUUAGCGCUACAACCCAGGUGCGGUGGAUAUUCGCCUUUGGAUUGCUAAAAUAGUACUCUAACCGAUAAAACUAUGCUGCGGUGGCUACCUUUUAUUACAAAUAAUCAAUGUUUAAUUAUUGUCUGUAUUUUCAGUUUUCCUUAUGUUUGUAUGUUGUAUGUUUCGUAACGACAAGCAGUUGAUAAUUUCUCAAAAAAAAAUAAAGAGAAAUACAGGGGCAAG